AUGAUUAGACUCACCUUUUUGUAGGAACUAGUUAAAGCAAUAUUUAUUGGUUGGAUAGCCUUCCCUCAUAAUUAUUCAGAUGUAUUUGCUACUAGUUCAUUAAAUGAUAUAAGAGUUUGGAAUGCUAAGAAUAGAUAAGAAUUACUUAGAAUUUAAGUUCCAAAUCUUGAAUGUUGGGCUAUUGCUUUUAUGAAUGAUGGUAAAAGUAUUGUAAGUGGUUGGAGUGAUGGAAAGAUCAGAGCCUUUUUACCAUAAUCAGGUAGAUUGCUAUAUGUAAUUAAUGAUGCAUAUAUUCAUGGUUGUACAUCUUUGACUUGUGCAUCAGAUUGUUAAAGAAUUAUUUCAGGGGGAUCAGAAGAAGUUAGGGUAUGGGAAAUUGGAAAAUAAACUUAUGUUAUGAAAUUUUCAAUGUAAGAACAUAGAGUAAGAUUAUGGUCUAUUUAGGUUAGAAGAAUAAUGAGUAAGGAGUUAGUGCUAGUGCAGAUGGGCCUUGUAUUAUUUGGAAUCUUAAAUCAUUUACCAGAGUUAUGUGUUUAUUUGAAAGUACUUUAUUCAAAUUGGUUUUGUAUCAUCCUGAAGAGAGUUAAUUAUUAACUACUGGAAGUGAUAGAAAAGUAUCUUAUCAUUUUAUAAAAGAUUACUUAUUGGGAAAUCUUUGAUGGAUGAGCUAUAAGAAUGUUAGAUGGAUCUGAAGAAGGUGAAUUUAAUCCUUUAGCAAUUACAAAAGAAGGAGAGCAUUUUGUAUCAGGAGGAGAAGAUAAGGAAGUUAAAUUAUGGGGAUAUGAUGAAGGAAUCUGUUAUUUUAAAGGUUAAGGACAUUCAGUUACUAUAACAAGAGUAUUUUUUAAUUUUCAAUUAGAUUACUUUAAGUCCUUAUUAAAACUAUUAUAUCAGUUAGAGCAGAAGGAGCCAUAUUUAAAUUGAAAAUGUCUGAAUCUGUUAAAAACUCUAAAACAUAAUAAGAAUUACCAACUGUUCAAAGCGUAAAAAAACAAAUGAGUUUCAAUAAUAAUAAUAAUAAUAAUAAUACCUAAAGACACAUAAUCAUUAAAAUCAAUUCUAAAUGCUAAAUCAGUCAAAUCAGGAACCAAAUCAUCAAAAAAAUGA